AUGAUAAAUCGCGACGAUUGCUUACUAAAAAAUGUUAUCGAAACCAAUGAUGAUCUGAAAAAAAAGGAAAUUUAUACAAUUGACACAUUAAAUCAUAUUUUGAACACACUGGUUGGUGAUUAUAUGAAACCAUUGUAUUACAAGACAGCUGUGGAAGAACUACAGAUAAAAUCAGCCACUACCAAUACUAAUAGGGUCAAUGAUCAAGAAGCACAUGUUGGACAAAUAAAAUUAAAAGAAGCCGAUUAUGAACAAAUGUCUAAAGAUUAUAUUUUCCGGGAUCUGUUCAUAUGGACAAUAUUAAUGAAUUAUAUUGAAACGGCAAAAGUCAUGCUAGCUCACAUGAAAUAUCGUAUUUGCGCUGCAUUGAUCGCAACAAAAAUUUUAAAAACCUAUCGUGAUGAUUAUGCUUCCUUUAGUGACACAAAAGCUAAAUUAACAGAAUCCGCGGACUAUUUCGAACAAUAUGCUAUUGAAUGUUUAGAAAGAUGUCAUAGAAAUGAUUAUGAUUGUUCAUGUGAAAUAAUAUUAAGACAAAUUGAUCUAUUUGGUGAUGUGACAUGUUUACAGGUUAGUCCUUUAACCGUCAACCGACGUUUGAGCGCCCGACAUUUGAGCGACCGACGUUUGAGCGACUGA